AUGUCCCCCUUUAUGCUUUACAAUAACACCAAUAAGCCCGCACACAUUCUUCCAAUGCCCCCUGAUCGCCGCCGUGGUGUAGACGUCACAGCGCACGGGCCGGCAUCCGACUCUGGCGACAAUCCUGGGCUGGCUCCCGAUGAUUACAUCGUCUUCCCCCUCGAGGCGUUUGAAACGCCUGGAGAUCCUGGAAUUGGGAUCAUUGACGAUGCGUUCGCCCUCGCUUGUAGCGUCCAACCUCAAGAUAUCGAGCUGGAACUCGACCCCGACCCUUCAUUGUCCUUUUCCGCUGGCGCGGACAGUUUCCCAUAUACACCUACUCAUGCCUCUCCGACCAGUUUGACAUUCUCCUGGACGGGAGGGUCCUACGCAUCCCCAGGAGGCCCCCCUCCCAGCCUCAGCCCGACAUCAUCAACCUUCUCGUCGGAACCCGCGGCUUCCCCCGGACCAAUCAGCUUCUCGCCCUCGUACUCUCAGGGAGAGUACUGUGUGCCGCCUCCGAUAGCCUAUAGCCCCUUUACCUCGCCGCCUUUCUAUCCCCUUUUGGCCCCGCGCCCUCCUGAUACGGCUGUUCUGCCCGACUUCGGACCCGAAUACGCUGCUAAUCCUCUGGCGUUUACACUACCGCAGCAGCCAGCGCCUCCCGACCAAUUCGCUCCAAUAACGUGCGAUCCACGAUUGCUCGUUAUGCCUACGACCAGCGCCGUCCCUUCCUGCGUUGCUCCAGCGCCGGUCACGCAACCUGACUUGCAGCUCCGCUUUCAGGCUCUUCCCCUCUCUACUCCGCCGUGUGUUGUCCCCAAGACAUCUUCUUCGACGAAAAUCACUAGGGCAGUGGAAGCGAUCUGUCCAGCGUGUGGCGAAGGCGAGCGUGUGGUCCCCGAAGUCGGUGUGCACGCGAAGACGGGCGCGCAGCGCGGGCACGGGUCGUGCGUCACGUACGCCGUCCAUGUGUUCGUUCGUCAGAACAGACGCUGCUUUAUUCACGCCUCGCUCCACCGCUUCCCCAACACCGUUCGUUGA